UGCCCUGUCUCUGCUCAGGCACAGACAAACAAUUACGCUCCUGACUGAGCUUUGCCGAAAGGAAACUUAAGCACCAUUACACUGAGAUACUCCCCUGCACCAGCUCCCAGUGCUGCUAUGUGUAAAGGACUUGCAUCGCUACCUGCCUCGUGCUUGGAAAGAGCAAAGGAGCUUAAAGCAAGGCUGCGAAUCCUUCUGCAAAAGCCAAAUUGGACUUUAUCCUGCUGCAAAAUAGGGAAAAAUAAACUAACCCUGGAGGAAUGCCUCAAGUGGAAAGAAUCAUUUGAAAAGCUCCUGUCCAGCAAAUAUGGACUGUGUGCCUUCACAGCCUUCCUGGUUUCUGAAUUUAGCGAGGAGAACAUUGCGUUCUACUUUGCCUGUGAAGAUUACAGACGAAUCAAGUGUCCUACCAGGCUACUCACCAAAGCCCAGAAGAUCUACAGUGAAUUCAUCAGCAGUGAAGCUCCACGAGAGAUAAAUAUUGACCAUGAAACCCGUGACAUAACCAAAGCCAACAUGCAGGAUCCCUCACCAUCUUGUUUCGACCAGGCCCAGCACAGGAUCUACAUGCUGAUGGCCAAAGACUGCUACCCUCGCUUCCUCCACUCUCCAACCUAUAGAGAUCUACUGUGCCAAGCCAAACCAAGCACAAAAGCCACCAAUCUGCCCCAGCUGGAGAAGAAGGUGUGACAUCAACUUUACGUGAGCCUACAAGGGAUGU